UCAUACCUGUCUCUUUAGUUAAUUGAAGUUUGAACAUCACCUACAGCCAAGUGGAAGCUAAAAUUGGCACCGGUGCUUUUUAGACAAAGGUUUGGCUUGUGCAAAUUCUAAAUGCAAGGCUCUGGCUUGUAGGUGGUGAUGUUUGAUUGCUAGCAUGUUAGUCUCUGAUCUUAUCUAGAUGACCAAAAGGAUGCAGAAACCCUAAUUUAUGCUGGCCCUUAUUGAAGGAGUGAGUAAUGAGGUUAUGAGUUAUAGAACGUGGGCCGCUUACAUUUCAUGAUGUGUUUGAAUUUGAGUCGGUCCUGCAGUGUGAAUGAGGACCACUUGUCAUGAAGAUGAUGAUAUGAUAUGAAGAAUUUUUAUGACCUAUUGCUGUUGCCAUGCUGCAACUUGCUAACAGACUCUAGACAUGCUCUUUAAUUAAUUACUCACCGGUGACCUCCCCUUUUUCAAUUGCUUCGUACCUGUAAUUCCCCAGUUUUCAUUCGACUGAACAGGUGCAAGUGCUUUUAUUAGCCUCGUGAAUUUAGAUUUUCAAGUCUUGUGGACUUUUCAAGAAAAAACAGUACUGUGCCAUACAUUAGUAUAAGAUCUAUGCAAAUGUGAUACCAAUGCUUUUGUAGCAUUCUAAUGAUCUAACCACAUAAGCCAAGCAAGCCUGUUGUGAAAAGAUUGCUUGAAUUCAUUUAAUGAGUAAAUCGAGCUCGAACUAAUUAAAAUUACAAAUUUGAAUUGUUAAAUUCGUAAACUGAUUUGUAAAUAUAGCUAUUUAUAAUUUUAAUAUUUUUAGUUUGAGCUGAUAUAAGUGAUAAAUAUUUUAAACUCCAAUCUAAAUUUUUAGUCAUUUGCAUGCACUCGUAAUAUCAUCACUUUCAACAUUUCAUGGACUUUUUAUUUUCCCCAGAGGUAGAAGAAUGAGGAAUGAGGAGUAAGAGUGUGCUAUUCUGAGACUCUGUAGUGGAAGUUCAUUUAAUAUACACGAAAGAGGCCUGUCCGUGAGGAAGAAGGGACAAAAAGAACAUAAAGGGAGAGCAUUAAUAUGAAGGUCGUUUUCUGUGCUUUCAUCGGUUUAAUAAGCCGACCUAUACCAUGUGAGCCCUCAAACAUGCACAUAAAAUUCCAACUGUGCAUUUCAUAAUUCCAAUUAAUUUCUCAACCAAUUCAACUGCCAAACACACAACGAUCUGAAAAAGGGAGUACCCAGUUUUUCCUUUGCUCUUACUCCUUUUCUUUGAUGUGGUAGGAAAAUGAAGUUUGUACUAUUGAAAGAAACAAAGUAUUACGCAUCUGAAAUUCAUUACCAGAGAAUGGCAAGCCAAAGAAGAUCUCUAAAACAUUGGAACAACAUAGUACUGAUGUCUAGGAAAUGCCUGAAUUGAUUACUGGGUCAUUUGCUUCAUUUGCAUAUAGUUCUUUACUCAGUUAAAAAAUAUAUAUUACUUCUUGGGGAUGCCAAGCAUUGACUGUCAAUCACUUGGCAAUGUAAUUUAGCAACUAAAAAUUGAAGCAAAACUUAGUUGGGAUUUAUAAAUAAUGGCAGUUGGAAUGGACUUUCAAUUGUUAUAGCUCAAUUGUAAACAUCUUGACUAGCAGCUAUAUAAUCAUAAGCAGCUACUCAUAUAAUAAUUUCUUAUUUUUUUUUAGUGAAAAUGUGAUUUUCUCAAGUACAUGUGCAUAUUACGUAAAUUCUUGUAAUUCUCUAUUUAAUUAAGAAGACUUAAACUGAGACCGAGCUAAUGAUGACGAUUUGUGAUCUCAUGAUAUGUUUCAUAUUAUAAUGAAUUACUAUUUUCAACUUCUGUCCUUAUGGAACUUUCUUAAUUACCCUUUUGGGUUGACCCCAUAUCCCGAAACUGUGUUUGGCUCUUUCAGUUUGGAGACUGAGAUUCGAGUAUAUAGAAUGCGAGAGAAACUGUAACCAUGCAAACAAAAUUUGACCAUGUUUCUGUUGAUCGUUGGCACCUUUUGUCACCGCUCGUAUGUAUGCAAAUAGAAUUCCACUCUCUCUUUGUAUCUAUACGUUUCUUCUCUUGCCGAGAAAAUAUUUAUUACAAAACAUGUCCUACUCCUACAAAAAGAGAAAAAAAAAAAAAAACGUGGCCAGUUCUAUCACCGCUCCCAUGUCUACAUCAUCAUCAUCAUCAUCAUCGUGAUCAUUUCUCUCUCCACCAACUUCUAUAUACCCAAGGUAAAAGGGACAACACAGUACCUGCACUGCACAAUUAAACCUAGCUAGCUACUUCCCAACUUCUCUCUUUAGGGAAAGGAAGAUCUCUCUCUCUCUCUCUCUCUCUCUCACUCAAAACUAUAUGUCCUAUCAAACUAUAGAAAGAGAGAGAACUGAUUAAGGAUCUUAAGAAAAUGGGAAGAGCACCAUGCUGUGAGAAAGUGGGACUAAAGAAGGGAAGAUGGACAGCUGAAGAAGAUGAAAUCUUGACAAAAUACAUUCUAGCUAAUGGAGAAGGGUCAUGGAGAUCACUGCCCAAGAAUGCAGGAUUGUUAAGGUGUGGCAAGAGUUGCAGACUGAGAUGGAUUAACUACUUAAGAGCUGACUUGAAGAGAGGGAACAUUACUAAAGAAGAGGACGAAACCAUUGUAAAGUUGCAUACAGCUUUGGGUAAUAGGUGGUCUUUGAUUGCUGCUCAUUUACCAGGAAGAACAGACAAUGAGAUAAAGAAUUAUUGGAACUCCCAUUUGAGCAGGAAAAUUUACAGCUUUUCCAAGAAUGAUUCUUUAUCCAUUACCACCAUUAACAUAGCAGAUGUACCUGGAGCAUGCAAAUCUAGAUCAAGUAAUAAAAUAACAGCUCGAUCAACCAUUAAAAGACAAAAACAAGACAGGCCUAAGAGUGGAACCCUAGCUCCUGACCACGAACCAGCAGCUAAAGAAAAAUCAAUAACCUCAUCAUUUGUAGGGCAAGUUGAGGGAAACCAAGAAAUGGGUUAUGUCCAAAAAGGGCUUAAAGAACAUGAGCCUAAAGAAAAUACUAGAAGAGAGUCUUGCAUGAGCAGUAGUGGUGAAAGAUUCAAUGCAACAGAAGUAGUAUGCUCUAGAAAAGAAGGAGAAAGUGAAGUCUGGGGACCAUAUGAAUGGCUAGACAGUGAAAUAAAUCGCCUUAAAUAUGCACUGGAGGAAGGUGAAGUUGUGGGUCCAAGUGGAAAUGUUACCAAUGCCAUUGAUGAUAAUACCCUUCAAAAAGAUAGAGAAAGUGAUGUUCUUGGUCCAAGUAAUCCUGAAGGGAGAGGAAAUGAGGUAAUGCUGGGUCUAGACAUAGUGACUAGUGGUGACUUAGAGAGAGAAAGUAGUUGCAGUGCUACUGCUUGGAGCUCAAAUGGAGAAAGUAACGGGGAAUGGUAUAAUUGUACUCGGUCACCAGUAAAUUUAGGGUUUGAUGAAGAAUGGUAUAAUUUAAGCUUUGAUUGGGACAGGACACAAGGUAUAGUUGAUGAUGAUAGUAGAAAAGAAUUAUGGGAUGAAGGGGACAAGAUUCUGUCUUGGUUAUGGGGUUAAUGAAAAUGGAAGAUAAUAUUAUAAAUAGUUGACUCAUCAAGAAAUGGAGGCAACAAGAUCAAUUUCUGCUUGUUAAUUGCCCAAUUUGAUGUAUCUGUUUGCAAAUAGUUAAAAGUUAAUGUUUAACCAAGUGCUUACUUUACAAAAUUCAAUUUUUCACUCCUCAAGCAUUUGUCUUGUUUUAUUUUGAGGAAUAGGAUUAAUAACAGUAUGAGCUAAAUUAGCUAUAAAGUAUGUAUCAGUGACAAUGAGCUUCUUUAA